UAGAAGCUAUGGUCCAGGGUACUACCCCAAGCCCACCAUUUUUCAUCCUUCAGCUGCUGAAAUAAGCCUUCAUAAGGCUGGAACACAUAUUUGUCUCCUUGAGAAAUUUUUCCCUGAUGUUAUCAAGGUGUACUGGAAGGAAAAAAAUGGCGAUACAAUUCUGGAAUCUCAGCAGGGAAAUACCAUGAAGACUGAUGACACAUACAUGAAAUUCAGCUGGCUGACCGUGAGUGAAGAGUCAAUGAAUAAAGAACACAAAUGUAUCGUCAAACAUGAGCAUAAUAAAGUGGAUCAAGAGAUUCUUUUUCCUGCAAUAAAGAAAGAGGCUGCUACUAAUCAUAUAAGAGAAGUUUAUCUGGAAGACAAAAGUGAUAUACUUCAGCUGCAGCUCAUCAAUACCUCUGCCUACUACACCUACCUCCUCCUCCUCCUCAAGAGCCUGGUCUACUUUGCCGUCAUUUCCUUCUGUCUGGUUCGGAGAACAGCAGUCUGUGACCAUGGAAAGAGUUCAUAACAGAUAAUGGCACAAAAGGAUCAAUGUUCUUUUCCUUUUUUUUUCUUUUUUUUGCCUCUGAACCUGUCUGCUGAGGAUCUAGCUGGACUUUCUUUCUGGGUUUGGAUGAUUUCCGUUCACAUGUGCAUUUUUCUAUUAUGUCAUUUUUGCAUAAUGGUUUUCAAACCACUGGCCAAAAGAAAAUUCACCUGUGUAACAAUAACAAAUUCUGCCAUUACUCAGGGGCAGGGCCAAAGGGUACCCUUUAGCACCAUCUUCCCAUAAUCCCCAUCAGCCCCUCUAGCCAAGCCUAAUAAUCAGCCUUCUGAGUACAGACAGCACGCAGCCUCUAGUCACACUCCUUAGUGCUUUUGCACCAGAUAACUGCCCUGAACUUUGCAUUUUACACACCCAGAAGAUGCCAUAUUUGCUAC